AUGGGUGUGUUUAAUUUAGUGUUUCAUCAUGGAGAAAGUUUCGUGCAAGACGGCCAUACGUAUUAUAGAGGAGGUAGUGAGACUACUGUUGAAGGUCAGGACGAAGAUAAAUGGAGCUUUUUUGAAGCUGUUAGUCUGGUUAAAGACGGGGGUUAUGAAGGUUUUAGGCUAUGGAGAAAGAUUCCGCAAACGGAUGAAGGGUUUACAAAUGUUGUUGAUGAUGCAGGAGCUGUAGAAGUUGCUAAGCAUUGUAUGUCUUGUAGGGUUCACGAUGAUCUUUGGGUAGAGCACGGUGUAGAAGACAUGAUGACCAAGGUUCUGGUACCUAAUGUUGAUGACUUCAGCACCUCUAGUGGAGAUGAUAGUACUGGUGACUAUGUUGAUGCAAGCCAAUGUUUCAAUGACAGUGAAGAGGAAAGAGUAAUUGACGUAGAAGAAGCCAAUGUUCAAGACUAUGUUGUUUCUGCAUUACAGUAUCAAAACUUAGAUCCUGAGAAAUAUGUCGACCCUUGUUACAUGAGAGAAGCUUACAGGGUAUGUUAUGAAAACAAUGUUAGUCCAAUAAAUGACAUGGACAUGUGGCCAACUGUGGAUGCUGAAGAAUUGUUGCCACCACAAUACAAGAAGGGGCCUGGAAGGCCUAAGAAACUGAGGUUUAGAGAGUUGGAUGAGAAUGGUUCAAGGAUGAGGAGGGUAGGUGUAGCAUAUAGAUGCACGCAUUGUGACAAAUUUGGCCAUAAUUCUAGGAAGUGUCAAGCUAAGGAGCAAGAUCCUAAUGCACUAAAGAGAAAGAGAAAGACACCCAGGACCAAAGUGUCAAAAAAAUCUGAUGGGACUGUGGAUGAAGGCCCAGAGAUGGAUGCAAAUGUUGAUACAACUGCAACUGGAGGUGGAACUGUGGAUGAAGACCCAGAGAUGGAUACAAAUGUUGAUACAACUGCAACUGGAGGUGGAACUGUGGAUGAAGACCCGGAGAUGGAUGCAAAUGUUGAUACAACUGCAACUGGAGGUGGAACUGUGGAUGAAGGCCCAGAGAUGGAUGCAAAUGUUGAUACAACUGCAACUGGAGGUGGAACUGUGGAUGAAGACCCAGAGAUGGAUGCAAAUGUUGAUACAACUGCAACUGGAGGUGGAACUGUGGAUGAAGACCCAGAGAUGGAUGCAAAUGUUGAUACAACUGAAACUGGAGGUGGAACUGUGGAUGAAGGCCCAGAGAUGGAUGCAUUGCUGAAUAAUAUGAUGGAUCUUUAUGAAGAACAACAAUCACAAGUUGACAAUCCCACACAACCUACUGCUAUGCAACCUCCCCCAACACAUGAAUCACAACCUGCUGCAAUGCAACCUCCCCCAACACAUGAUUCACAACCUGCUGCAAUGCAACCUGGCCCUGCUGCUACUAAUGUCAAAAAACCUUCAGCUAGGAAAAAGGUCGUGGCCGUGCCUUGGAAGCGAUCAAGAAAGAGAGUCAGUGAAAGAUUGAAGGAAGUGAGGAAUUCCAAAAGACAUGGUGGGCCUGGAUCAACACCUGAUGCACCUUUGACCAUAGGUGAAGAAACUGGUGGUAGUACCUCAAAGAAGAUAUCAAGGAAGAAGAGGAAGGGCAUUGAUCAGUAG